CUCAUGUUUAUACGCUGACACUAACAGAAAUUGUUUUAUGGGAUUAAAUAUUUCAUAGGCAGCAAGAUGGAAAUAGUAGCUCCAAAUGCAAGUGUGAUUGUACCUGAAGUUCUUAAAAGAAAUAACUACAAAAGGUGGAGCAUUUUCUUGCAGCACUAUUUAGUGGUUCUUAAAAGAAAUAACUACAAAAGGUGGAGCAUUUUCUUGCAGCACUAUUUAGUGGGUCAAGAUCUUUGGGAUGUUGUUGAAUUCGGUGAGUUGUCUAAAGAAAGAAAUAUGUGGAGAGAGUGGAUUAAAAAGAAUGCUUUAGCUCUGCAUGCCAUUAAGAUUUCAUGUGGAGAAGAAAAGUUUGAUCAAAUAAAGGAGAUGAAAUCUGCUAAAGAUGUUUGGGAUGCUUUGGCUGCUACGCACGCUCCCCCAGUUCAGGUCAUUGUUGAGCCCCCCCUAGGAAGGCGAGAAGGCCUUGGAAAUCUCACAGAUUCGCGAUAUGAGACCUUAACUAAUGCCAUUUCCAGUGGGGAGCUUCGGCAAGUACGGCGGCUCUUUAGACAUUCGAAUCCAAGAUCUACAAGAAUUUUUGAAAAUGGGUACACAGCUCUUCAUUUUGCAGUUUAUAAUGGGAAGAGCAAAAUUGUUGAUCACUUGACCAAGUACAAGUUGUCAAAAGAAGAUUUGGAAACAAAAGAUUAUUCUGGGAGCACGGCUCUUUCCAUUGCUGCUUUUUACGGGGUCGAGAAAUCAAUUGCACAAAGUUUAGUUAGAAAGAACGAUAACUUGCUUACCAUUCCAGACAAAGAUGGAAAGAUCCCAGUUGAAUUGGCCUGCAGCACAAUUCAGGAGGGCCUGAUACGUUAUUUGUACCUUGAGACUCCUCUAAAGUCUCUAAAUGUAGACAAAGGCGCCUCCAUCCUCCAUGAGUGUAUAAUCAGAAAAAUGGUUGAUAUUGUAUUCGAUCUACUCCACCAUUUUCCAGAGUUAGCAGAUCGCAGUUGUAGUUUGGGACUCAUUUCUACGUUGGCUCAAACACCAUUCCCAUUCUUCGGUCGAAGUAACCUUUCAUUUUGGGAACUGUGCAUAUAUAAUUGCAUAAUAGUGAAGGCCCACGUCAUCAAAGAAGAUGAGCAUCGAUCAUGCGUAAAGAAGAUGCGAGACUUUUUCCAGCCAUUUAGAGAGGUGAUACAACCAUUCUUUGAUUCAUUUGUAGACAUGAUUCUACUGGCGAUUGUAGAUUGUCCAGGCAGGAUUCAAGAGAAUGAAGAGACGAAUCAAGAGACUGAAGAGACGAAUAUAGAGAAUCAACAGACGUCUCAAGAGAUGGGACAGACGAAUCAAGAAACGAAUGGAGAUGCUGAAGAAUUAUCAUUUAAAGACAAAUGCGGGAAAGUGACGAAUAUAUUACAAGUGGCAUGGGGCAUUAUUGUUUCGAUACCAAUUGUGAUGCUACUUUGUGUAAUUGAUAUCGCAAUCCUAAUCCCGCUUGCAUUGCUGAUGGACCUUGUUGGAUUGAUCAUUGUGACGCUAUUAAUACUGGUUAGAAUGCUCUCAUGGUUCCUUGCAAGGGAUUUAUAUAAGAUAAAGUUGAUGGAUGUGUAUGCUAGCGAGGUUAUACAGUUAAUAUGUAAGCCAUUAUCAAAAUUAGAUCAGAACCAGUCUGUGCAAAGUACAGCAGAGGAAGCAACCAUCCAGGCUAUCAAGAAUGGCAUCCCAGACAUUGUGAAAGAAAUUAUUAAUGCAAAUUUAUUAAGGAGCAGCACAGAUCCUGAAGAUUCAAGAUCAAGAAUUCAAAAAAUAUUUGCUUUUGCUGUAAAACAUCGUCAAGAGGAAGUGGCACACUUUCUUUAUGAAUCUGAAAAGGAGAAAAAUAUGCUUUUUACCACCGAUGAAGAUGGAAAUAAUACAUUACAUCUAGCAGCAAAGUUACCCCCUAAUUAUCAAUCAGGUUACAUCCAUGCUGCGGCUUUGCAGUUGCAAAGUGAACUACGAUGGUUCAAGGCAGUAAAAGAGAUUGUUCCACGAGCCUACAGAGAAGGCAAAAACAAAGACAAUGAAACCCCCUUGGAAUUGUUUGUUAGAGAACACAAGCAAUUGCUAAAAGAAGCAGAGAAAUGGGUGAAGAAAACAGCAGAAUCUUCAACAGUCGUUGGUGCUCUUAUUAUUACAAUUAUGUUUGCAGUGGCUUUUUCUGCUCCUGGUGGGAAUGAUCAAAGUACAGGUUUUCCCGUACUUUUGCACAAAACUCCGACACCGUUUAUGAUAUUUAUGGCAUCAGAUGCAAUUUCUCUUUUUACUGCGACCAGUUCAGUGAUAAUGUUUUUGGGGAUUCUGACUUCACAUCAUUCUGAUGAAGAUUACCGCAAAUCCUUCCUCUUGAUCAUGGGCCUUACUUCACUCUUCGUCUCUAUUGCAACAAUGACCAUAGCAUUUUGUGCUGCUCUUUUCAUAAUGCUACAAGGUCAAGGUGGGUUGGGGUUAGUCAUUCCUAUAACUCUGCUUGCUGGUAUUCCUCUCGUAUGCUACGUGUUGUUGCAGUUUCCUCUUCUGGUUGAGAUUUUGGGUUUGACUUUUAGCUCAAACAUCUUUGGUAAGAAAGGAACAUCCUUUGCCGAUAUGAUCGCUUCGGGGAUGAUGAGCGGAUGGACAGCAGAUAUGAUCGCUUUGCCGAUGAGGGGAUUGAGGGGUUGAGGACAGCAGUAAAAAUUCUUGCAAUGUCUAGUGAUGCCAGUGAAUUAGUCACUUAAAUGAAUGUUGCUUUGAAUUAUAUUUUUUAAAUACAUGCGUGUCGCUUUGAAUAAAUGAUUGUUGUCAUAAAUGUCAAACAAUGCUUUGGCCGUUGGUCAAAGUUGGUCGAUUGAUUAUACACCAUUAUUUGCUGCAGUUGUAAUAAACAUUUGGUGGAUAUGUACAGCUGCCUUACAGACCGAUUGGCUACAUGUAUGUGUCUCCAGUCCCAUGGAUUGGGUUUAAUCCCAUUCCCUUUCUUCAAAACUGCCCUUGUUCAAAAAAUAAAAAUAAAAAUUGAUGGAUAGUAUAUUUUUUCAAGAGCACAUAUUUUUCUAUAAACAUUUGGAGAUUUAAAUACUAACUAUUUUUGAGACCAUGCCACUAUGGACUAUCAGAGUACCCAGUGAACUGCAUCAAAUUACUUUGAUGACCGAGUAGCCAAAUCCUAAGCUCCGGAGAAGCUGCAGAAGAUGAAAAUAAACAAAAGUACGUAGU